AUGUCAGAUAAUUCUAAAAAAUUAAGAUCUCUUUUCCCUGCUGCUCGUCUAAAGAAAAUUAUGCAAUCAAAUGAAGAUGUAGGUAAAAUGGGCAUUAGUGUCCCUUUCAUUGCAGGAAAGGCAAUGGAACUAUUUUUAAAAGACCUAGUCACUUUAACUUAUGAAGAAUUAAAAAGCAAAAAAGGAAACAGAAUUACAGUAGAUCAUAUAAAAAAAGCAAUAGAAGAAAAUAGCAAAUAUAACUUUUUAAAUAAUCUAUUAAAAGAUAGAGAGACGUAA